AUGUCUGGAAAAGGAGGUAAAGCUGGUACUGCCGCAAAGGCAAGUCAAUCUAGAUCCGCUAAAGCCGGAUUGACGUUCCCAGUCGGUAGAGUUCACAGACUCUUGAGAAAGGGUAACUACGCACAAAGAGUGGGAUCCGGUGCGCCCGUGUAUUUGACGGCUGUGCUAGAAUAUUUGGCCGCGGAAAUCUUGGAGCUGGCCGGUAACGCCGCCAGAGACAACAAGAAAACCAGAAUCAUCCCACGUCACCUGCAACUGGCGAUCAGAAACGACGACGAGCUGAACAAACUGCUGGGCAACGUGACCAUCGCGCAGGGUGGUGUUUUGCCAAACAUCCACCAGAAUCUGCUGCCAAAGAAGAGCGGUAAACCGGGUAAAGAGUCCCAGGAGCUUUAA